AUGAGGGGGCUCCGGCUCUGGACGGCUGGAGUUGCGAUUGCGCUGAUGGUGGAUGCAGUGAUCCGUGUCGCCUUGAGACCCUACUUCUUAGACGGUGCGGUGCUGGAGCACGGAUCCGGCUACGAGGGCGAGCUGGAGCCGUGGAGCGGCACUGACCUCCCUGCCGCUGGCGCGACGCGCGUCACCAUCGCGACGGCGGAGAUGCUGAGCGCACUGCUGCUCCUGGCCGCGGAGCUGCCAUCGCCGCUCUGCGCCCGCUUCGUCAUCAGAUACGUGGGGGCGCUGGCCACAUACGGCGGGAAGGGGUGCUUCAUGGUUGUGUCCGGUUCCACCUUCGCACUCGGCGGUCAGACCGAGUACUUUGCAACCGGGGUCCUGCUCGAGCACUUCAUCACCGGCUGCAUCUGCGCGGCGACGGGGGUCGUCUGGCUGGGCCUCACCGCGCUUCCGUGUCUCCGCUUGCCACCCCACCCCACGCGUGAAGCCUGGCUCGAGUGGAAUCGCCGCGAGGUUGCGCCAGCGCCGGCUGCGAGCCUCGAACUCGGGGCUGCGAAGUACGGCUCUGGCGGCGGCCGGGCCCCGCCUGCAGCAGCGAUACGCAUCGACACCGGCGCGGCGGUCCCGGUCCCGGAUCAGAGCCAGCCGCCUUCACCAGGCUCCACAAACCCCUUUUUUGGCAAUCGCCAUCUGCAGGCGGAUUCGCCAACCGCCAUGCGAGUGUGA